GACGUUUGACACGAGCUGUCAAUGAUGUUGCCAUCGGCAGGGUUGCCAAGAAUUGCUAAAAUAAAAUGAUUCUUUUUUUCUAGUAAAAAUGGCCAUUGCCAUCAAUAAUUUACUAAUCGCUAAACAAAGGAUUAAAUUAGGUUUGAUUGGAUUUAAUUUAGAAUCUAUUUAUGAUCAUUAAAAGUUGUUUUGCUUGAUACAAUUUGCCCACGGUGAGCGCAAUCGUGAUCUGGUGUGCGUUUGGGAUAGCAUGUGUCAAAAAAUGGCAAAUCAGAUUGCGUAGCAAAAGCGUCCUGUAAUUUUAAUUUACAACCUCGAAUACUGCAAGCGGCUACAGGUCUCGAUCGCCACAUUUACGAAAACUUCCAUACACUAGCCGCUAGCGACCGAUUCCCGAUGGCGGACAGCGCAGGAGAAUGGUGUUUGAUCGAGAGUGAUCCCGGUGUAUUCACAGAACUCAUCAAAGAGUUUGGCGUUGAUGGUGUUCAGGUGGAAGAACUGUGGAGUUUGGAUGAGGACAGCUUUAAAGAUCUAGAACCAGUGCACGGGCUAGUGUUUCUGUUCAAGUGGGUAAAGGAUGAUGAACCGGCCGGUUCCAUCGUGCAGGACAGCCGACUGGAGAAAAUCUUUUUCGCCAAGCAGGUGAUCAACAAUGCUUGCGCAACACAGGCCAUUCUUAGUAUUCUGCUGAACGCGACCCACUCGGACAUUAAUCUCGGUGCUACGUUGACAGAUUUUAAGGAGUUUGCCUGUACGUUUGAUGCGUACAACAAAGGUCUUGCGCUCAGCAACGCCAGCCAGAUACGAACCGUGCACAACUCGUUUGCUCGGCAAACGUUGUUCGAGCUGGACAACAAGAGCUCCGGUAAGGAGGAUGUGUUCCAUUUCGUUGGUUACGUCCCGGUCGAUGGACGUCUGUACGAGCUGGACGGGCUGAAGGAGGGUCCGAUCGAUCACGGUGCCGUUGGCUCCGGCCAGGAUUGGCUGAAGGUGGUGCGACCGAUUAUCGAGAAGCGCAUGCUAAAGUACAGCAAAGGAGAGAUCCACUUCAAUCUGAUGGCGAUCGUGUCCGACCGGCAGCUUAUUUAUCAGCGCCAGAUCGAUGAGUUGCUGAAGUCGGACGAGGGUGAGAUGGAAACGGAUGCAAAGCAGGAUAAAAUCAACCAUCUGAAAAUGCUGAUCGAUGAUGAGGCGGCCAAACGUAAGCAAUACAAAACGGAGAACAUUCGCCGCAAGCACAACUAUCUGCCAUUUAUUGUGGAGUUGCUGAAGGCGCUGGCGGAGAAUGGGCAGUUGAUGCCGCUGUACGAAAAGGCGAAGCAGCGUGCACUGGAGCGAGAGGCAGCCAAGUCGAAGCAAUCAUAAAAUGGUUCCUUCCUGCAUGCAUUUUCAUUUCGUAAUAAACUUUUUCUACAACGGUUAUUCAGCUUA